AUGCAUCACCAUACCACAUUUCAAAUUUACAUCUAUUUUUCCCUGUUCAUUGCGUUGAGCUACUGCAGAACAGUUUACUAUGACGAAAUAGUCGAGGAAGACAGUACUAAACCAGUUCCGACGGAGGAAGAUGAAAACAUCAACAAAAAUAGUAAAUUCAGGCUUGCAGAUAUACUAUACGAAGACUACAACAGUGAUGAUAACAAUGAUAAUAAUGAAUUUGAUUCAUAUGAAGAGAGGAAAUUUCACGACAGAUCAUUGUUCAGUACACAACGACCGGUUCAUUACAUCUCUGCUCAAACUCGGCAGGCAUUGAUCGAUAUUUUACAAAAAGCGGUUGACCUUGGCUGGAAGCCGAAGUUGAAGCAUUACAUCCCAUCGACUCGCUUCGGCCGUCAUCGUCGAUGA